AUGCGCGGUAGAAUACUCACGAUUGACACUGCUCGAGUCGAAGUAGACCUCGGCCUGGUCACUGGCAUCAAGUGGGAUGUUGAUGAAACAUUUGUUUCGCCCACAAGAACAACCGCCUCGAAGUGUCUGGCUCAUGGUAUCAAUCAGAAAGAUUCAGGUAGAGACGUAAUUCCUAAAGACUCAAUUCAAAACGAGCGGGAGAUAAUCGCAUCGCGAGACAAAGCGCUGCUCUGCUCCUGUUCUUCAUCGUCUUCUCUUCCUCUUCUUCUUCCUGGAGGUUGUUUUUCCCUUAAAGUCCAACUUUCAUCUAAUCAUAUUUUCACAUGCGGAGAUAUUCCCGUUAUCGGGCUUCUCCUCCGCGCUCCGCAGCUCCUUUUUUCAACUUCCAAUCAAUGUCAUCUGAACAGCAAAGAAAUAGCAAGAUCAAGGUCGCAUGAAGGACGAGACGAGUGCCCAAGAGAGACGGCCAACCAAGCAGAAGCCAUAAAAGGGCCGUUUGCGCUUUGUGUUCCGUGUUAUUUGUUUGUUGCUCGCCAACGGGUUACCAGCCUACCUCCUCCUACCCCCUCCUACCCCCUCCUAUCCAUCGUCAUGGCUCCUGCAACUUCGCCAACAGGAGCUGCCGCCGCUCGAAAGCCUAGCUCAACCCCCGGCGAAGAUACCGAGCAGCAGACGAAGAGAACGUCCAACUCGCCCUCCGAUGCCCGGCCUGCUACGUCCGAGAGAGAGAAACCUCGUCUUUCUGAGCAGGAGAAGAAGAACAACCAUAUUGCCUCUGAGCAAAAGCGCCGGGCAGCCAUACGUGAAGGGUUCGACCGAUUAACCGAACUUGUGCCGGGUCUGACUGGUCAGGGCCGUAGCGAGGGCAUGGUUUUGCGCAAAACUGUUGAUUUCAUGCAACUCAAGGUCCAGGAGCGAAAGGAUUUGAUUGAAGAGAUCGAGCAGCGGGGAGGAAAAGUCGAUGACAGGCUGCGCAAUGUUACGGAAGCCAUUAGAUGA